AUGUCUGAAGAAGGUGAAAACCCCUCUCCUCAACAAACAAAGACUGAGGAGCCAGCUGCCCAAAAGGAAGAAGCUCCAAAGGGAAUUUCCGUCCAUAUUGGCAACCUUCCAUUUGAGUAUACUGAAGCCAAGCUCAAAGAAAUUUUUGGAAAAUAUGGCGAAGUUUUAGAUUCAAAGAUCCCAACAAAUCCAGCAGGAAGAUCUAGAGGUUACGGAUUUGUCUCUUUUGCACUCAAAGAAGAUGCCCAAAAGGCUGUUGAUGAAUUGAACAACAAAGAGAUGGAGGGAAGAAAAGUUGAAGUUGCAUUUGCAAAAGGCGAUAAGAAGUCUCCACGCAGUGAUCGUCGCGAUCGCAAACCACGCGAUGAUAGAAGAGAUUACGACCGCAGGAGAGCUGAUGACGACCGCUACUACCGUAAUGACAGACGCGACCGUGACAGAUACUCUCGCAGAUACGAAGAUGACUAUUAUGAUAGACGCAGAUACGAUGAUGAUUAUGACCGUCGCUCCGAUAGACGCGACUACAGACGCGAUGACUAUGAUCGCAGGGACCGCAGAUAUGAUGACUAUGACCGCCGCUACGACGAAAGAAGAUAUGAUGAUGACCGCAGAAGAAAAGAUGAUGAUUUAAGACGCGACUACGGCCGUGAUGAACGUUAUUAA